AUGAGCUUUCGACAUCCGAACAUCGCAUUGGGGGCAUCUUCUAUGCAGGCUCUAGAUCACAACUCCAGUAUUGUCAGUAUUCAAAGUACAGAGGAUAGCUCAUCGGUGUAUAACCCCUCAUUUCAUACUGAGCAGGAUGUCGAUCGUGGAGAGGAAAGCGAUUCAGAGAUCGUUAUAACCAAUAGCCCCUUUGAAGAGAAUCCUAGAAAGCGCAAGGUUUCAGAAUCCAUCACAGACACAGAAGAGAGUGACGAUGACCUUAUAAUCUUGGGGUCUGAUGGCGAAACACAGGAAGAAAAGAAGACCACAUCCGAUUUAUUGCAAGACGCCUUUAGUCACCAAAAUAGCGUAAAGACUUUGAAAGAUGUGACUUGUCCAAUCUGUUUCGAUGAGAUCGAGCAAUGUGUCGUGAGUCCGUGUGGUCACUUUUACUGUUCCAAUUGCGUAUAUCGAGCUUUGGCUAGUUCCAAGGUCCGAAACGGCUCUCGGGGAUGUUGCGCACUUUGCCGGAAAGUGGUCCAGUAUAAAGAUCUUGUUUGGCUUAAAGUGCGAAUAUUAAAAGAUUCGCGCUGA